AUGACAGUUGUGGAGGCCGUCAAGAAUCUUGCUGGCGUGUCUGAUGGCACUGCUACGCCAAAGGAGAUGUCUGAUGCCCGCCUGCCUCUCGCAUACAGGGACUCUUGCGCUCAUCUGCUGAUUCCGCUCAACCGCUGUCGACAAGAGGAGUACUAUCUUCCUUGGAAGUGCGAGACGGAACGACAUACUUAUGAAAAGUGCCAAUACGAUGAAUUCAAGAAGCGAGUCGCUAAGAUGGACGAACUGCGAGCAGCAAAGGGGGGCGAGCGGAGCAAUUAG